UUCCGCCCCUCGGCGCCGCAUGUGAGCUGCGGUGCGCGGGUGGGUGGAGCUUAGCGGCGCGGCCUGACGGGACUGGGGCGGCGGGAGUCUGCCGUAGCAACCUCGGUGGCGGCCCGGCCUGCACUCGCACCGUGCGGUGCAACAUGGCGGACGCGGAAGCAAUUACUUUGCCAAAGAAGCAUAAGAAGAAAAAGGACCGGAAAUCACUACAAGAAGAAGAUGUGGCCGAAAUACAACAUGCCGAAGAAUUUCUUAUCAAACCAGAAUCCAAAGUGGCUCAGUUGGACACAUCUCAGUGGCCUCUGUUGCUCAAGAACUUUGAUAAGCUGAAUGUAAGGACAACACACUAUACACCUCUUCCUUGUGGUUCUAACCCUCUGAAGAGGGAGAUCGGGGACUAUAUCAGGACAGGCUUCAUCAAUCUUGACAAGCCUUCUAACCCCUCUUCUCAUGAGGUGGUAGCCUGGAUCCGACGAAUACUCCGUGUGGAGAAGACAGGGCACAGUGGCACACUGGAUCCCAAGGUGACUGGCUGUUUAAUCGUUUGCAUAGAACGAGCCACUCGCUUGGUGAAAUCACAGCAGAGUGCAGGCAAAGAGUAUGUGGGAAUUGUCCGGCUGCACAAUGCUAUUGAAGGGGGGACCCAGCUUUCUAGGGCCCUGGAAACUCUGACGGGUGCCUUGUUCCAGCGGCCCCCACUCAUUGCUGCAGUGAAGAGGCAGCUCCGAGUGAGGACGAUCUAUGAGAGCAAAAUGAUUGAAUACGACCCUGAGAGAAGACUAGGGAUCUUUUGGGUGAGUUGUGAGGCUGGCACCUACAUUCGGACGCUUUGUGUACAUCUUGGUUUGUUGCUGGGAGUUGGCGGUCAGAUGCAGGAACUUCGGAGGGUUCGUUCUGGAGUCAUGAGUGAAAAGGACCACAUGGUGACAAUGCAUGAUGUACUUGAUGCUCAGUGGCUGUAUGACAAUCACAAGGAUGAGAGUUACUUGCGACGAGUUGUUUACCCUUUGGAAAAACUGUUGACAUCUCAUAAACGGCUGGUUAUGAAAGAUAGCGCAGUCAAUGCCAUCUGCUAUGGGGCCAAGAUCAUGCUUCCGGGUGUUCUCCGCUACGAGGAUGGCAUUGAGGUCAACCAGGAGAUUGUGGUCAUCACCACCAAGGGGGAAGCAAUUUGCAUGGCUAUUGCGUUAAUGACCACAGCAGUGAUCUCUACCUGCGAUCAUGGUAUAGUGGCCAAGAUCAAAAGAGUGAUUAUGGAGAGGGACACUUACCCUCGGAAGUGGGGCUUGGGGCCAAAGGCAAGUCAGAAGAAGAUGAUGAUCAAACAGGGCCUUCUAGACAAGCACGGCAAACCCACCGACAGCACCCCUGCCGCUUGGAAGCAGGAAUAUAUCGACUACAGUGAUUCCAGCAAGAAAGAAACAGUUGCUGAAGCAGUAAAAAUGCCACACUUAGUUGCUGAAGUGGCAAAAUCCCCGCAGGUAGUUGCUGAGGCAGUCAAAAUCACAAAGCGUAAGCGAGAGAGUGAGAGUGAAAGUGAUGAGACCCCUGCAGCAGCCCCCAAAUUGUCCAAGAAGGAAAAAAAGAAGAAGAAUAAGGACAAGAAGGCCAAAGCCACACCAGAGAGUGGGGGCGAGCCUGGAGAUGGGGACAGUGACACCACCAAAAAGAAGAAGAAAAAGAAAGCAAAAGUGGUAGAGGUGGCGUCUGAGUAGCGAAGGCUACCUUGAGCAGUUGUGUCCAGGCAGCAGGAGAAACGGAAGCCUUACUGAGAAAACGUGAGCGAGUGGAGCAAGGAUGCUGGACAGGGUGAAGAAUCCCCGGCACACUUAGCUGCUCUUUGGGACGACCAAGGUGGUGUGGCCUGCGUGCUCAUCAUUCCAUCUUGUCCUGUUUUAAGGAUCUGGGUGAUGAAGGAGGCACAUUUUAUGCCACUGACUUGGGAAGCUUCGCCUUUGGACCUCUUACCACCCAGUAACUGUGCAGCCGUUUACUAAUGGUCGUUUUUAACAAUAUUGUAGCCCUCCUAGCGUGCUUUUUUCUUACCCUCUGUUUCAAAGGUUUGUAAAAAUUAUUCAGUGAGUUGGUGUAGAACUAUCACUAAGUGAAAGAAUAGAGCGGACGUUCUUUGAGGACAGCAGUCUGUUCUGGUGGCGGGAUGGUGUCCCUUUGUUUCUGGACAGUUGUUGGUCCUGUGUGUACUUCUCCAAAGCUCUAGCGUACAGCAGUGUUCACCCAAAUCCACCUGGCUCCUAUGUUUGUGGUGGAAAGCAAGCUGUUCUGUUUUAACCCUCAUUUAUCGUUGAGGAAUGAAUUUGUUCAUUGCUAAGAGAAGAAUGUUGUGAUUUUUACAUAUUAAAGUUGAUUUCUGACGUUUUUAAAGUAUUCCUGUUGGGUUUUAUAAUUUUAAAGGAUUUCAAACUGGCAUAGCAAAGUAUAUAAAAUUAUUUUGAUUAAAAAUAUGGGAACUUUCUGUCUUA